GUUUUUGGCGUAAAACCCGAACCUGAAGUGGAGUCAAGAGGGGACCCCAUAGACUCUUCGGAAUCCAUCAACUCUACUAAAUUGCAAAGCCAGCAUUCCGCCGCGCUGAGAUGGCGCUAACCGAGCUCGACGAUGCCACGGUGCGGAGUAUGUCAAUCGGAGCCGUCUUCUCAGACUUCGUUGGGAAGAUAAAUUCUCUGGAUUUUCAUCGCAAGGAAGAUUUGCUGGUAACGGCGAGCGAGGAUGAUUCCGUCCGACUCUACGAUAUUGCAAAUGCGAGGUUACUCAAAACCACAUUUCAUAAAAAGCAUGGUGCUGAUCGUAUAUGUUUUACUCAUCACCCAAGUUCUGUUAUUUGCUCCUCAAGACACAAUCUAGAUACUAAUGGAGAGUCAUUGCGAUACCUGUCAAUGUAUGACAACCGAUGUCUUCGCUACUUUAAAGGACACAAAGACAGGGUUGUUUCUCUCUGUAUGUCCCCAAUCAAUGACAGCUUCAUGUCAGGUUCUCUCGACCACAGUGUCAGGAUAUGGGAUCUUCGUGUAAAUGCUUGUCAGGGAAUUCUUCGCUUGCGUGGCAGACCUACUGUCGCUUAUGACCAACAAGGCCUUGUGUUUGCUGUGGCAAUGGAAGGAGGUGCUAUUAAGUUAUUUGAUUCACGUUCUUACGACAAGGGACCCUUCGAUACCUUCUUAGUUGGUGGAGAUAUGGCUGAGGUCUUCGACAUCAAAUUCAGUAACGAUGGCAAAUCUAUGCUCUUGACAACUACAAAUAACAAUAUAUAUGUUCUUGAUGCAUAUGGAGGAGAGAAGCAAUGUGGGUUCAGUUUGGAACCAUCGCCCAACACGACCAUAGAGGCUACCUUCACUCCAGAUGGUCAAUACGUCGUUUCAGGCUCAGGAGAUGGAACCUUGCAUGCGUGGAACAUUAACAAGCGUGCUGAGGUUGCAAGCUGGAACAGUCACAUAGGAGUUGCCUCGUGCUUGAAAUGGGCUCCUCGCAGAGUCAUGUUUGUUGCUGCAUCCAGCGUUCUUACUUUCUGGAUUCCCAAUGCUACCAAAUCCACAGGCGAGUCGGGUAUGGAAUUCGAUUCUCAUACUCAAGCCGAACAUAUAUCUCAAUGAAAGCCAUGAUUACGCGCAAUUUUAUCAAACCGAACUCAUACACACCUUAGUUUACGUAGGUCAGCUAUAGUUUAUGUUUGAAUUGUUAUUUAUUUUAACUAUCGCUAGUUUUAUUCCAA